UGUGCUGUGUCCCUAGGACACAGCGGAUCACUGAUCAAUGGAAAGAGCCGAAGGCGGCGGCUCAGUCAUGUGAUCAGCGGUGUCCAAUCACAGCUGAUCGCAUGGGACAUCUACACUGAUCAUCACGACACUGAUGAUCAGUGUGCCCUGAUGAUCAGUGUAGCCCCAGCAGUGCCAUCUGCCAGUGCCCAUCAAUGCCACCUGCCAGUGCCCAAUGCCACAUAUCAGUGCCUACCAGUGCACAUCAAUGCCACAUACCAGUGUCCAUCUGAGCUGCCUUUCAGUGCCACCUAUCAGUACUGCCAAUCAGUGCUGCCUAUCAGUGCCCGUCAAUGCCACCUAUUAGUGCCAUAUAUGAGUGCUGCCUUUCAGUGCCCAUCAGUGAUGCCUGUCAAUGCCCAUCAG